AUGGAGUAUCUGCUGACAAUGACAGGAACCUCGAUCUGGGAAACGCUAAAUUUAUUUUUCUUACCCGGACUCAUCCUCGGCGUGUUGUACCUGUACUUAACAGCGACCUUUGAUUAUUGGUUGAAACUGAAAGUUCCGUUCAGGAAGCCCGCGAUUCUCUUCGGCAACUUCCGGGAUCUCCUGCUGUUCCGGAAGUCCCAGGCGGAAGGAAUCAAGGAGAUGUACAAUUGGUUCCCAAACUCACGAUUCUUCGGUGUAUUCCGAGUGCGAUCACCAAUUCUAAUUCUUCGCGAUCCCGAACUGAUAAAAGCGAUUUAUGUGAAAGAUUUUUCAUGCUUCACUAAUCGGGGAAUCCCGGUGAAUUCUCAGGAUCCCUUAUCAGCGCAUUUAUUCAAUCUCGAGGGAAAGAGAUGGAAGGGAUUGCGAUCAAAAUUAACUCCACUUUUUUCCUCCUCCAAGAUCAAGCGGAUGUUCUAUCUCCUCGCUGAGUGUCAUGAUAAAUUUGAAAAAUUAAUUGAAGCAUCUGGAGGUGUCGUUGAGGUGCGUGGACUGGCUGCCAAGUUCAGCAUUGACGUCAUUGGUAGUUGCGCCUUCGGCAUACAGAUGAACGCAUUGACUAACGAGGAAUCGGAGUUCCACAGGGCAGCGAAAAAACUGUCAGUACCGAGCUACAAGAGUGCCUUGUGGCGAAUGCUGAGGACAUCGUUGCCAGGGGUUUACCGGUUUCUGGGGGUCCAGGUGAUCAAUCCCGAGGUCACGGUAUUCUUCAAGGAUGUCGUCUCGCAGAUGAUCAAGCAGAGGGAGCAGGAGGGGGGACGGAGGCACGAUUUUAUGGAUCUGCUGGUCGAACUAAAGAACAAGGGUUUCCUGGAGGGUGAUUACGCGACUGGAGGGACAGCUGGAGGAGAUGAUGACGACAAGGCUGAUGAUUUUGUUCUCGACGAGAAUAUUAUUGCGGCACAGGCAUUCGUCUUCUUCGUCGCUGGACAUGAGACCUCCUCCACCACAAUAGCCUUCUGUUUGUACGAGCUGGCUCUCAAUGCCGAGAUUCAGAAGAAAGUGCGAGAAGAAAUCUGCGAUGCUAUCGAGGCCGCAGAUGGAAAAUUAACGUACGAAGCCGUCCAUGACAUGAAGUAUCUUGAUAAAGUUCUUCUAGAAACCCUGAGGAAGUAUCCAUUAGCUCCAAUCCUCUCCAGACGAUGUGAAUACCCUUACGAAAUCCCGGAAACAGACGUGGUGUUGCCAGCGGGUAUGCGAGUGGUAACUCCUGUCUAUGGGAUUCAUCAUGAUCCUCAGUAUUAUCCAUCACCAGACACAUUCGAUCCUGAGAGAUUCAGCGAGGAGAAUAAAGCGACGAGACAUCCAUACACGUUUCUACCCUUCGGCGAGGGUCCUCGCAACUGCAUUGGAAUGAAGUUCGCCCUUCUGCAGACGAAGAUCGGUGUAAUAUCCUUUUUACGACACCACAAAAUAGGAAUUAACGAUAAAACUGCAGUGCCAAUUAAAUUCAGCAGAAGAAAUCUCGUGACGACGAGUGAAACUGGUUUCUGGCUGACACUAAGCUCCCUAGAGUGACGGUCCUGUGCAGCCCGAGUCGAUUAAGAAACUCUCAAUUGUGUCGAAUCGAAUAAAAAAUCUCUUUAUUGGCCAUUACCAUUAUCUUUAUGACUAAUUAAGGGGAAUAUCUGUAUGGGAAGGGCUAAACUUCCACAAUUAAAUAUAUUUCAUAAUAUUCAUGGGAGAUGUUGAACAUUCUGUAUGAAACUAGCUGUUUUAUUAAAGAAAAAUUGUGAAGAAUAAAAUUCUACUGUUAAA